UUUCAGUGGCUUACAAAGGAACAUGGGCGGGGCGACGGUCUCCGCGCGUGAUGGAAAUGCCACGAGAUUUCCCUGGCGCCUAUUUGCUUUCUGUAACUCCACCAUGCUGCCUCAGCAAUAACUGGAGCCGACUCCUCACUUUCGGUUUCCCACACCUUUCAGUGGCUCACAAAGGAACAUGGGCGGGGCAACGGUCUCCGCGCGUGAUGGAAAUGCCACGAGAUUUCCCUGGCGCCUAUUUGCUUUCUGUAACUCCACCAUGCUGCCUCAGCAAUAACUGGAGCCGACUCCUCACUUUCGGUUUCCCACACCUUUCAGUGGCUUACAAAGGAACAUGGGCGGGGCGACGGUCUCCGCGCGUGAUGGAAAUGCCACGAGAUUUCCCUGGC